UUCAUAGUCUGCCGGAACUCACGAGUCCCGACCGUGACCUUCUUCUAGCUUUUACAAUGUUCUGAUUUUUCCGAUUUCCCAAAAAAAAAAAAAAAAAAAUCCUAACUUGUCGACCUUAUUUCGCUUUUUCAGAGCAACACAACAGCUUCCAAUUCUUCUAUCGCAGAAGAAAUCGAGCUAGGGUUCAGCAUCCAAGCAAUUUAUCUUCUCUAAUGGCGACCUAGGGUUUUGGUUUUCGUUUCCUGGUUUUUAUCUUCCAUUGAGACUAAAAGGAGAAAAUUCACCAGAGAGAGAAUUAAAGCUAUGUCGAAGAGGAAGUUCGGAUUCGAAGGCUUCGGCAUAAACCGCCAGUCCACUUACAACUUCGAGCGCUCUCAGCAGCAAGCUCCUCAGCGACUCUACGUCCCUCCUUCUUCUCGCGGCCAUGGCCACGACAACUACGAGGACACCGACCUUGACAACAUCGAUUACGACGAGAAUGAUGCCGCCAAGGACACUGGCGACGACACUGGCGACGCCGGUGAUGGCGGCGGCGGCGCGGACGACGAGGUUGAUCCGCUUGAUGCGUUCAUGGCGGGAAUUCACGAGGAGAUGAAGGCGGGGCCACCGCCAAUGGCGAAGGAGAAGGCGGAUAAGUACAAGGACGAUGAAGAGGACGAUCCAAUGGAGAGCUUCCUUAGGGCUAAGAAGGAUAUUGGCCUGACGCUGGCUUCGGAGGCGCUUCACGCCGGCUAUGAUUCUGACGAGGAGGUUUACGCGGCAGCGAAGGCGGUCGACGCGGGGAUGCUAGAAUAUGAUUCGGAUGAUAAUCCUGUGGUCACCGAUAAGAGGAAGAUCGAGCCAAUUCCGGCUUUGGAUCACAGUUCGAUCGAUUACGAGCCUUUUAAUAAGGAUUUGUACGAGGAGAAGGAUUCAAUAUCUGGGAUGAGUGAGCAAGAUGUUGCUGAAUAUCGAAAGAGCUUGGCCAUUCGGGUGUCAGGUUUCGAUGUACCAAGGCCAAUUAAGACAUUUGAAGAUUGUGGAUUUUCUCUGCAACUCAUGAAUGCUAUCAAGAAGCAAGGCUACGAGAAGCCUACAUCAAUACAAUGCCAAGCUUUACCCAUUGUGCUUUCUGGGAGGGAUAUUAUUGGUAUAGCAAAAACUGGUUCAGGUAAGACUGCUGCUUUUGUCCUUCCAAUGAUUGGCCAUAUCAUGGAUCAGCCUGAACUUGAGAAAGAAGAGGGUCCAAUUGGAGUAAUAUGUGCACCCACUAGAGAACUGGCACACCAGAUAUACUUAGAGUGCAAGAAAUUUGCAAAACCUCAUGGGAUACGUGUCUCUGCUGUAUACGGCGGUAUGUCCAAACUGGAUCAGUUCAAAGAGUUGAAGGCGGGAUGUGAAAUAGUUGUUGCUACUCCUGGGAGAUUGAUCGACAUGCUGAAAAUGAAAGCACUUACAAUGUCAAGGGCAACUUACUUGGUACUUGAUGAGGCUGAUCGGAUGUUUGACCUUGGAUUUGAGCCACAGAUUAGGUCCAUUGUUGGUCAGAUUCGGCCAGAUCGUCAAACCCUACUAUUUUCUGCAACAAUGCCACGUAAAGUUGAAAAGCUGGCUAGAGAGAUUCUUACUGAUCCUGUAAGAGUUACUGUUGGGGAGGUGGGAAUGGCCAAUGAGGAUAUUACUCAGGCUGUUCAUGUGAUUCCUUCUGAUGUUGAGAAGUUACCCUGGCUUCUUGAAAAGUUACCUGGAAUGAUUGAUGAAGGUGAUGUUCUAGUGUUUGCUUCAAAAAAGGCCACAGUGGAUGAAAUUGAAUCGCAGUUGGCUCAAAGAGGUUUCAAAGUUGCAGCUCUUCAUGGUGAUAAAGACCAGGCUUCCCGAAUGGAAAUCUUGCAAAAAUUUAAAUCCGGCAUCUACCAUGUUCUUAUUGCAACUGAUGUUGCUGCUCGUGGUCUCGAUAUCAAGUCAAUCAAGUCGGUUGUGAACUUUGAUAUUGCAAAAGACAUGGACAUGCAUGUUCACCGUAUUGGUAGAACAGGUCGUGCUGGUGACAAAGAUGGCACUGCAUACACCCUUAUAACACAAAAGGAGGCUCGGUUUGCCGGUGAAUUGGUCAACAGUUUGAUUGCUGCUGGUCAGAAUGUGUCAGUGGAGCUUAUGGAUCUUGCUAUGAAGGAUGGAAGAUUCAGGUCCAAACGUGAUGCAAGAAAAGGAGGUGGGAAAAAAGGUAGAGGACGAGGUGGAGGUGGAGGUGGAGGUGGAGGUGGUGGUGGUGGUGGUCGGGGUGUUCGUGGAGUAGAUUUUGGUUUGGGAAUAGGUUAUAAUCCAGAAUCUAACAAUGCUUCGCCACAAGCUGUUCCUAGUCGAUCUGCAGCAGUAAAUUCUCUGAGGACGGGAAUGAUGACUCAAUUCAAGAGCAACUUUGUUGCUGCUUCUUCAAACUCUCAGAAUCAGGGAUCAAGUAACUAUUCGAGUGCACCUACCAACAAUAGACCAGCCUUAGCUGGCUUUGUCUCAGGUGGUUCCAUCGGUGGUGAUAUCUAUAGAACUCAGACAACAAAUUCAGUGAGUUCUGUCCCAACGUCUGGGAUAAGCACCUCCUCUAGUCAGAACUCCAGCGGGAAUAAUCAGAAGAGCUCGGAAAGUUCUACAGAUAGACCUAGAGAAAGGCGAAGGUCCUCUGGUUGGGACCGUUAAAUUCCAUUUAAUGGUUCUUCUCAACAUGAAGAUUUUGUUUAUGUUCUCUCUUUUUGUCAUCUAGGUCAGUUCUUUGAAUUUCUGUACAAUUAUUUAUGCUUGGUGAGUUAUGUAGUUAUUAACCGUUUAUUAUUUUUGGUAUUUUGUUUUUUCUUCUCCGUUUCAGCUAAUUAUAUAUCUUUAGCAGCCCAGCAAUCAAUAUAAGAAUUUUGUUAUUUGUAA